AUUUUUGCCAUCAUGGAUCGGUUUGGAGAUAUAUCAGAAGGUGAAGUGGACCAUUCUUUCUUUGACAGUGACUUUGAAGAAGCAAAGAAAUGUGAAAGUAACUCAGUUUUUGACAAGCAAAAUGACGACCCUAAAGAGAAAAUAGAUAAAAGUACAGAAAAUGUAAACUUGAAAAUUGGAAUAUUAUCUUACAAAGCAAAGGAAAAUUAUCUUACUGAGAAGGGAAAUGAAAGAAAAAUGAAAAUUCCUCCAGAAGAACAUCCUGUAGAAAAGGAUAUUGUACAAACCAGAAGUUCUUUAUCGUUGACCAUGUCUUCAAGAUCAAAAAAAUUGUGUGAUGCUACAGUAGGACAUAAAAUACACUUGCCCAUUCCAAAUAGAAUUCCCAAAAUUGUGAAAGAAGGUGAGGAUGAUUACUCUACAGAUGGAGAGGAAAGCAGUGAUGAUGGGAAAAGACGUCAUAUGAGGUCCAAGUUAGCUAAACCUCCUAAUAACUUUAAAAAAAGCAUAAGUAAGAAGUAUUCCAAAGUUAGUUCCUCCUCCUCCUCUUCUCUGUCUUCCUCCUCUUCAAGUUCAGUUACAGAUUGUUCAGAUGCAGGGUCUGAUAACUGUGUAUCUGAUUCAUCUCCAUCAAAGAAACAUGUAUCUGGUGUAACCCUCUUAUUACCAAAACAGAAAUACAAAUCAGGAAUAAAAUCGAUGGGAAUACAACCUUCAAGUACUAAACCAAAAACUGGUGACUAUACUGAGGAAUCUGAAGAUACUGUGACAGAUGUAACUCCUUUAUCAACUCCAGACAUCAGUCCUGUUCAGUCUUUUGAACUGGGUGCAUCAAAUGAUCAAAAAGUGAAAGUUAAAAAGCAAGAAAAUGUGAGUCAAGAAAUAUAUGAAGAUGUUGAGGAUUUAAAAAGUAAUUCAAAAUAUUUGAAAACAGCCAAAAAGGGGAAAGAAAAACAUGGGCCCAAUCUCACCUCACAGUCUUCAGUGUUAGAUUCCAAUUUAGACCACAGAUACAAACAAAAAGUCUUACAUGACACAAUGGACCUGAACCAUCUUUUGAAAG